GGGGCGGCGCGGGCGUUGCCAAGACGCGGGCCGCGCGCGUCCCUGGCAGCCAACCCGUCCACGUCAAGGUUUGUUUAAUAAUCGCCAGGGUAUUUAUGGCCGGGCUCAGGCGGCUGCUGGGGAGCCAGGAGACCGCGCGGGGCGGCGGAUGAGGCGCGGCGGCUGCGGCCCAGGGCACCUCCCCCCCGGCUUCCCGAACCCGGCCAGGUCCGACCCGAGGGGGAGGAUGGAAACACCUGCCGCGCUCUGAGCCCCCCAGAAGAGAACACCCUUCCCGCCAUAUCACCCCACGGUCCUGCGGAGGCCACCGCCUGGUCCCCCCAAGUCUCCAUCGCGCAGCGUGGGGCCGAGCGGAAUAGUGAGCGAUGGCGGAAAACCUGAAAAGACUGGUCUCAAACGAAGCUUUACGAACGUUGCAGGAAAAGCUAGACUUCUGGCUGAAGGAGUACAACACAAACACGUGUGAUCAAAAUCUAAACCAUUGCCUUGAACUCAUUGAGCAAGUUGCCAAGGUGCAGGGACAACUCUUUGGGAUCCUCACAACAGCAGCCCAAGAAGGAGGACGUAAUGAUGGUGUGGAAACAAUCAAGUCACGCCUUUUGCCUUGGCUGGAGGCUUCCUUUACUGCUGCUUCCCUGGGAAAAUCUGUUGACAGCAAGGUCCCCCCUCUGCAGGACACAUUUGAUAGGGAGAGACAUAAAGAUCCCAGUCCUCGGGAUCGGGAUGUGCAACAGUUAGACUCUAAUUUGAACUCAACCCGGAGUCAACUCAACCAGGUUCAAGACGAUCUGGCUGAAACUGAAACGAAUCUUGAAGAAAGCAAGAACAGAUCGGCCAUAUCCCUUUUGGCUGCAGAGGAGGAAAUAAGUCAGCUAAAAAAGCAGCUUAAAUCUCUUCAAGCUCAGGAGGAUGCCCGCCACAGAAACACAGAUCAGAGGAGCUCAGAGAAUAGGCGGUCAGAGCCUCAGAGCUUGGAGGAGUGGAGGUUGGAGCAGUGGAACUCACUCAAGCGGAAUGCAGACCAGCGGGACACAGAAGCCAUGUCCGACUAUAAGAAACAGCUCCAAAACCUGAAGGAGGAGAUAGCUGUUCUGUCUGCUGAGAAACGUGCACUCCAAGGAAGGUCCUCCAGGAGCCGGUCUCCCAGCCCUGCCCCUCCCAGCCGCAGCCGUAGCUGCAGCCGCAGCAGAUCUGCCAGCCCCUCCACCGCUGUCAAGGUCAGGAGCCCGUCCCCAAACCGCUCCAAGCUGUCCAAUGUGGCGCGCAAGGCUGCCCUCUUGUCCCGGUUCAGCGAUUCCUAUUCCCAGGCCCGCCUGGACGCGCAGUGCCUGCUGCGGCGCUGCAUCGACAAGGCUGAGACCGUUCAGCGGAUCAUCUACAUCGCCACAGUGGAGGCAUUCCAUGUAGCAAAAAUGGCAUUCAGACACUUCAAGAUCCGUGUGAGAAAAUCGUUGACACCAUCUUACGUGGGGUCGAAUGACUUUGAGAAUGCUGUCUCAGAUUAUGUCAUUUGUCAUCUUGAUCUGUAUAAUUCUCAAAGCAGUGUCAAUGAUGUGAUCCGAGCCAUGAAUGUCAAUCCCAAGAUUUCAUUCCCUCCUGUCGUUGACUUUUGCCUUCUCAAUGACUUCAUCCAGGAGAUAUGUUGCAUUGCCUUUGCAAUGCAGGCCUUAGAACCACCCCUAGAUAUUGCAUAUGGGGCAGAUGGAGAAGUUUUUAAUGAUUGCAAAUACCGCCGCAGCUACGACUCGGAUUUCACUGCUCCCUUAGUCCUCUAUCACGUGUGGCCUGCUCUCAUGGAGAAUGACUGUGUCAUUAUGAAGGGAGAAGCUGUCACCAGGAGAGGGGCUUUUUGGAAUUCGGUGCGAUCUCUAAGUCGAUGUCGAAGCAGGAGUUUAAGUCCCAUUUGCCCCCGUAGCCAAAUUGGUUUAAACACGAUGUCUCGAAGUCGGAGUCCUUCUCCAAUAAGAUGUGGAUUGCCAAGAUUUUAAAACCACCAGACCUGCUCCUUUGCCCCAGUGCGUAGAAACAGCUGCUAUCUCCAGUGCCGCCAUCUGUCUUCUGUGUCUGCCUCAGACCUCACUUAAGAUAAUGUCAAAAGGCAAUUCUGUGUGUCACCCCACACAGAGAGUUAAAUGUUUUGGCUUGGUGCAUUUGUAACUUUAGAUAUAUUGCAUCCUAUUUUAUUUUAUAGAUACUAAUUCCAUUAAUUUCAUAAAAAUGAUUGUAUAGGCAUUUAGGAUCAUAUUCAUUCAAAGCAAAGUCCAUUACAAAGGUUCAGGAUUUCCAUCUCAAAACACUAGGCUCUUUUAUGGGAACUAUGGGAACUGAAGUGGAAAGCAUUUACCAUGCUGAGGCUAAAAGAAAAGAUGAAUCAUUUCAGUUUGCAGAUGGAUCAUAAAUAUAAUUGUUGGUAUCAGCUUUAGCUCAAAACCAAUAUUAGGUGUUUUAAUUUCCUUUUAAGGUUUGGAAGACAGCCCUAAUCUCAGGUUGGAGAGCUCAUGUUAGUAGCAGUGACUUAAGGCUAAGUGUAGAAGAUAAUUUAAGAUAUAUUUUCUUUAUGUAUUAGCCAACAAAUUACAUUUAUUGGUUGGCUUGCUUUUCCGUUCUGAUUUUGAGAGUGCCCAGUUUGGUUUAGUUGACUAAUGAAUGUCAAAGCUACUUAGUUGAGAGAAUUUCCGUGUUCCAUAAAUGUAAAGCAGUGAUUUGAUUAGAAGCCAGCUUUGAGAUAAAUGUUAAUUACCUCAUGCAUAUCUCCUGGGAAUAUUUCAAACGGUUUUAAUGCAUGUGUUAUAUAUAAAAGUUUCUUGGGACAUGCUCUUCACCUGUUCUACCUAGUUAUUUGCAAAUUCAGACCUCCUAUUGAACUCUGACCAAAACUACUUAAACUCAAGGCCCAAAACUAGGGGCACCAUUUACUGAUUUUAAAUUGAGUAUAUAUCCCUUGACUUCUUCACUGUCAAAUACUUUUGAAACUUCACGUUCAAGAUAAGAAUUAAGAAUGGAAUGUUGCUUUCUUGCAAUAAGUAAUGUUCUUUCUGCCUUUUUUUCAUUUUUAAAUCAGCCUUAAACACAUGUCUCACAAACAUCUACUUUCUCCAUAUACCUUUGAGAGAGACACUGAAUUGGCCUCAGCUCAGUUUUACAUAAGCUCAGUGCCAGAACCAGCACCUGAUGCUUUUCAGGUGAAAAUAAAACAAACAGCUUCUCUAAAGCAUCUUACCCCUGUGCUGGAGGUUUGGGGGACCUCUUCAGUGCCUGUCCCUUGAGUCUAAUGGUCACCACCUCAUUCUGAAGUAUGAGUUGAAUUUUUUUGCCCUCUUUACAUAUUUACAUUAGUCAUCACUUUGAAGCAAUGCAGUGUGCUGGAAGGAUCACUAUCUGCCUAGGUAACUGCUAGUCAUGACUUGGUCAUCAGCUUGCUUUGUGGCACUGAGCAAGUUACUUCACUUCUCUGAGCCUUGGUUUUAUCAUAGGGUGAGGAAUUCAAGUGUUUAUUAAAACUAUGCAACAGUUACUGUGUGUUAUAUGUUGAAAGGUCUUCACUAAUAUCUCACUAAGUAAUGAGAAUGCCUACAUAUCAGAAAUUUUUUUUUCAGGAGCCAAGCACAUAUACUGAUUUGGAAAAAGGCACAGGUAGCUCAGUUUAUUUGCUUUCUACCCUGCCUGGCCACUUGCUGUUUCUUAAGUUUCUAAUUUGAGCUAUAACUACACAAGGAAAGCUAAAUAGUCUGGAAAAAUUUUGGAAAGAAUCCACGAAGCCAAAGGAGACCGGCCUAUACUCAUUUUAUCUGGGGAUGUACCUUACCCUUAGAGACUUUGAAAAAUGUAAAGCUCUUAUUUUGUAACCUGGGUAAAUGUUAGUUUCUAGAUUUUCGGCUUGACAUCUAAUAAUAACAUUUAAAAAGUGCUUUUGUAACUAUUAGUUAUUUGCAAUAAAAUGCUUUCCUUCCAUA